GAGGGUUGUGUGACGGAUAGCCGUUGGACCAAUAGGCCAGCGCGACGAAGUGGAAGGCGGGAGCCCGGUGCGGCGAUUGGAUGACAGCGGCCUGAUGGACACGGAAGAGGCGGGCCGAUCGACUACGGUGGCCGGGCCGUGUCACGUGAGGAGGCGGCGCGGGCGGGUGAGCGAACGAACGGAGAACACUCUGCAAACAGCAGGGAGAAAGAGCGUGUCCCCGCCCGAAAGGGUAUGGCGGCGCUGACUGCGGAGUCGGGCAAUGGGAGAGCUCCGGGAGUGUAAAGCCGGAGAGGAAGAGAAGGGGGUUCGAGAGAGAAAUGAGGAGGAACUUGCGCUACAUUCGAUGAAGAGAAAGAAGAUGGGGAGGGGAGGAAGCGCCGCCUUUACCUUCCUGUGAGGCGGAGGAGCGGCCUUUUGUCUCCCUCCGGGGGAAGGGGUGGAUUUUUUUCUCUCUCUCUUUCUCCCAGAUCCUCCUGAGGAAGAGAAGAAGUGCGGGCAAAAUAAAGGAUUGUGGGAAAGUUUGACGUCCCCUUUAAUUCGCCCCCCCCCCCGCGUAUUUCUUGCCCUCCGAUUUUUAAUUCGCCCUCCCACCCCCGCCCCCACCUUAAAGGCGCAGUUUGUGGCAGGGGCGGCCAUGCGGGAGUACAAGGUGGUGGUGCUGGGCAGCGGUGGCGUGGGCAAGUCAGCCCUGACAGUGCAGUUUGUCACCGGGACCUUCAUCGAGAAGUAUGACCCGACCAUCGAGGACUUUUACCGCAAAGAAAUCGAGGUGGACUCGUCACCCUCCGUGUUGGAGAUUCUGGACACAGCAGGCACUGAGCAGUUUGCCUCCAUGCGGGAUUUGUACAUUAAGAAUGGCCAGGGUUUCAUCCUGGUUUACAGUCUCGUCAACCAGCAAUCCUUCCAGGAUAUCAGGCCUAUGCGUGACCAAAUCAUCCGCGUGAAACGCUACGAAAAAGUGCCCGUCAUCCUCGUGGGCAACAAGGUGGACCUGGAAAGUGAACGAGAGGUGUCAGGUGCUGAAGGCCGGGCCCUAGCUGAGGAAUGGGGCUGCCCCUUCAUGGAGACCUCUGCCAAGAGCAAGACCAUGGUUGAUGAACUUUUCGCUGAGAUCGUCAGACAGAUGAACUAUGCUGCACAACCUGACAAGGAGGAUCAGUGCUGCUCUUCCUGUGUCCUACAGUAAAACAUGUUUGGAACAGCAAAAGCCACAGAAACUUUGUCAGUUCCUAUCUGGGGAGAUGUCCUGCUCUUCUGAUCAAGGAGGCAACUAGAUUAUUUCUUAUUGCUGUGUAUAAAAACAGCAGAUAUUGAAAGAGAGGUUUAUAACUUGCUCAGUGUUGCUCAUUGUGUAUGCUAGUAUCAACACAAAAGCACUUUUGGGUUAUGACAAGACAUUCAGUCAGUUACUAUCUGGCAAAUCGCUGUCUCUUCUAAAUCAGGGGACCCACCAGAUUAUUUCACACUUUUAUAAAAAGCAGAGUGUCUUGAUGUGAAGCUUUAUAACUGAUGACCCCUGUCCUGUGUCUGAUUAUAAGGAGAAAAAAACAAACACUUUGGGUUAGCAUGAGACUUCGUAUUAGUUCCUGCCUGUGAGAUCUCUGCCUCUCCUAGUCCAGGAGAUUGUUUUGUGUUCUUCAUUUUUAUUAAGAAAACAUAGAAGGAAAUUAAAAGCUUUAUAACUAAAAUCGAAUUGGGGACCAAUGUCCUAAAGCCUAAACUCAUGCUUUGAAUUAGUUGUGAUCUGGGAAGUCUUUGCCUCUUCCAACCCAGGUGAAACUAAACUAUCUCAUAUUGCUGUUUGUAAAAGGGGAGGGUAUUGACAAGAGGGCUAUAUAAUUGAUGUUCAGUGCUGCUGUUUGUAUCAUACCAUAAAAAGGUAAUGAUUUCUUGAAACACAAGACUGAUUGUAAUGAGUAAAUUACAUGAGUUGUGACACAGCUUCAGAAGAGAAGAGCCAAUUACUUAGUGAAAAUUUUAAAACUAAAAUUUAUGGUUGAGGAUUAGGGCUGCUCUCUGUUGUGUAAAUGCACUGAUUUUAUAUAAAAACUUUUUUUUAAAGGAGCAGUUGUUAUGAUGCAAGAAGGAUGCCCACACCUGAUUGACGUAGCUUCAGUCUUCUGCACUGUGUUACUGAGCAGUUAAAAUGCUUAUUGUAAAGUGCAGAGCUAGUAACUAAAUGGGGAGAGGAGAGUUAUGAGUUCAUGUCUCCUGAAGUGAAUUGGAAACAGCCCUAGUUCUUUAGUUGUUUGUACCUAUAGGGGUUCAUGGGCAAGCAAACAUGCAAUGCAUUACAACACAAAGGAGUCUGUGCUGUUCUUCAGAGUCAGAGGGAAAAGCAGUGGAUUUUUGUAACUCCCACAUUGCAGAGUCUAACUGGGAGCAGUAAUGUCAAGGGCUGUUCUUCAGUAUUCCAUCAGCUUUUUGUAAUGCAAAGUAACAUACUGUUGUGAAUACUGCAGAAGUAAUGAUAGAUGUUAUGUUCCUCUGUUAGUGUUUAAGCGAAAGUACAAUGAACAACUCAUUGUACUGUGGCUGACUGACCAUAAUUAUUGUACAAGAACAGAUUGACUAAUUCACUUCUUUUGUGGAUAAGACGUCACUCUCUCUGUACUCUUGUGUUGCUUAAUGAUGGGAAGGAAGAAAGCAAAAUGACUCUUAUUUUCUAUCACAUGGUGGAGAAAAUUUAAACUGUCAAAAUUACUGAUCAAUCAAUACUUCAACUUCACUUGCAAAAAAUGAGCAGCUUUACAAACUGGCCAGAUUUGGUUUAAUUUUUUUCUCCACUGUUUUGAAAGGUGAUUAUUUCACUGUAUUGAUUAUUUGAGAAAGUGGCAACUAGUUUUCUCACUUUUUUUUUUGUGCUACUUCAUAGGGAGGGUCAAGAAGAAUGCAGGACUCCUUGUCAAAAAUUGAAACUAAUUUGGAAAGAGGUACACAACUAGUAGAAAAGAAAAGCCUUUUGCUUAACAGAGAAAGGGGAAAAAAUAUUUCUAUUCCUGCAAGGUGAAAUUAAAUUAUUAUACUAAAAACCAGAAUGGCAGCUCCUAUGCUGCCAUAAUGCAAUGGCAAUGGAAUGCUGGCUGAAUGGGUUUAGAUUAGUUACUUUGUUUUUGACCAGUGCAGACGCGAUGACCCAAAGGACCUUUUCAGCGCUGUAGACCUUUGUGACUCUCUGAAAUAUCAGCACAAUGGCUAUCACUAGCCAGCUCUGGGAGGAUGGGAGACUAUCCCACGUAAAAUGCCCUGAUUUCACCAUUGUGAUUUUAAAUGACCAAUGUCACUGAGUGCUGCUUCAGUGAGAAGGUGAGCAGAAUUCCUUGUCGAAUCUUUCCUCUUGCAGGUGAGGACAAGGAAGUAUUGAGCAAAGUUGCCUCUGUGAGGUUGAGAUAAAUCUUCAGUCAAGUUUAAAGGCUCCUACGGAAUAAUCCUUGCAGACUGUGCGCUGAGGAAAGGAAUAUUGUUGCCCAUUCCCACAGUGUCUCAGUCUUCUAAUGAAUACAUUUUUCAACGGGUGUGAUAUUAUGUUGAACUUGAGGAUGUAAAUACCUGAAUAUUACCUAUAACACGUUGGGAAGACUUGAAAAUUCCACGUCAUGGAACUCAAAAUUUUUUAAAAAUCACAUGUUGCAGUCAAUCCGGACAAAUAAGAUUCAGAUUCUUGUAUUGCACGUUGAAGAGUUCAUUGAAUUUAUAGCUUGAGUCUGUGGAAAUGAAAAGUCUUUUGAAUUGAUCAAACCUUACAAAUUAGUAGAAAUUAUCCCUCCAAUUUCCUUCUUUCCUGAUGCAGAAGUGGCAAAAAUAUAUUUUAUUUUAUGAAUGGUGCUGAAAUACUUUAUUGUGGUUUUUUUUCCAUUCUAUAUCUUUUGAACUAAGAAUAUAAUGAAUGCAUGGCUGAACACAUAAUUACUAAAGUCUUACAUUGGAGCAUCUGUAGUGGUUUAAUAAAUGAACACAGUAGCAAAGUGUUUUGGGCACUACAGUCUUAUUUUGCUUGCUUUGAAAUAUCUGGCAGUUGUUUGUAUUUUAAUUUUGUUAAAUGCCACUGCUUAGAACCAGCAGUUGGAAUUGUGGAAGUGGGGACAGUUUUCUCCAGCGUUGUCCCCUGCCAAGGGAGCUUUGUCAAAUCCAUAAAAGGUGUUACACACUUCAAGGAAACAAGCCCUUGCGUGUAGAAUUGAUGUAUCUUGUAUUCAGAUUUCUAAAGGAGUAAAUCACGUGUCAGGUUUUAAGUAUGGUGUACAAGCGAAAGCCUGAACAUGUUACUGGACGCGCCCAACAUGAGCAAAACAACUUGAUUCUUCAGAUCAAGGUUUUCCUUCACUUUAAGCUGUUCAAUUCUUUCAUGAAAAUGACAUCCUGCAUCUUCAAUGAUAUGUGGUGGAUUGUGUGACUUUUAACUGUUGCAGAAAAAAAGCUGCAAGUUUCUUUUUAUAGACCAAGAAGGCAAAAAGACAUUUAUCUGAAUUGCAAUAGUUUAUUUUCCAUUUCCAGUAGAUUACAAUAAACUGAAGGUGCAGUAAACGAGGUCCAGUUUGCGUGAUUUUUUUUUUCGCAGGAUGAUGGGAGCUUAACUUCAUUUUAUAAUGUACAGACUUUUUGUUGAAGCAUUCGGAGAUGUACUUUAUUCUCUUGUUAUAUAUCAGCUUACGUUUACAUUUCCAAACAGUGUCUUGCAUUGUUUUUAUUACUUGCCUGAAUGUUCAGAUAUAUUUACUGCAAUGCCUCGUUUCGUAUUUAAUGACCCCUUAAAACUGAUUUGUAUGUGUGGGCAACAUUCUUUGCAAACUAACUGGAUGUUAAAGGCUAAUCUAGUAAGGCUGAAUCUUCUAAACUGUUCGAUGCUGUUUUGCUUUAUGGUUUAAAAUGAAAAGUAAUGUUCUGGGCUGUAGCAGUUGAUUUGCACACAGAUACUGUGCGUAUUCACGUGUGUGUGAGUGAAAGCAGAUUUUCGUUGUCGAUACUAGUUGUUCUUUGAUCUUCACAUGGGACUCGUUCCAGGAAAUUUUAGAUUUCAUACUGAUGACAUCUUUAGUGGAAGAUAAGGAAAGGAACUGAUAAAUUUGUGUUCGUGCCAGACAGUUGAAGCCGGAUAAUACAAGAUUUAACUACCUUGUUUUAGAUGUUUCCUGUUGAGAAUUCCCUCAUACUUGGUGCUAAAUCAGUUUGCACAAAUAUAAUGGCUAGCUAAUAAAUUUCUUUUUGUUUUGCAAUAUGCAUGGCACCUGUUUCAUUGACUGGAAAUGUUGACAUUGCAAAUUAUCUUGUGCAAAUCUUUUUCAAGUUUGACAUGCUGCCUGUGACUUGGCCUAACUGCCUUUUAAGCCAAAGGAAGCUAUUCAAAGUUGGAGACAUUUGCAGUGUUGUUUGUGCGAAAUGCUUAAUAUCACAAAAGCCCUAGACUCCCUAUUUUAACAGUAUUAAAUCUAUUAAUUUAAUCUUUUUUUGUUUUAAGUUUUAACAACCUCAGAAAUGACACUUGGCACAAUAAUAGGCACUUUUUUUUUGUUUUCAGAAUUGGAUUCAGAAGCUAGAUGUUUCCCAAGAAAGUUGUUCGAAUGAAUGAACAAAUGUGACUUUUUAAAUAUAGCACCUAAUCAUGGAUCUCCAAUAUCCCAAAACAUUUCUUGUAAUAAGAAUUUUUAUGCUGUGAUAUUGCUUGUCUAGUUUAAGACACAAAUUUUAACUGAAGUCAUACUCUCUCUGGUUUGUAGCCUCAAAAUCUCUAGCGUAGUUGGUGUACAAUUUUGAACAAUAUUUCUAUUUUUAUAAAACAGAACAUGGAACCAAAUAUUUAUAAGACAUCUUCCAAAAUCCAAUUGCCCAUCCCUAAGCCCUGAUGAAAUCUUUGGCUGGCUUCAUCACAUAUUCUUUUAAUGUGGAGCCACUGUUCUGUUAGAGUAAUUAUAAGUUCAUUUUGGUGAAUGCAAAUCCUAAUGUUGCUUAAUGUCAUGUUAGGUGUAGAGAGGUAAUUAUACUGCAGUUGUGCUUAAGUUUUUAGUAUAGUUCCCAAGUAUAGGAGUAGUUGAUCCUUCUGAAGGUGUUGCUUUUUGAGCAAUAAAGAUAAUCAAAAAAUCUUCGUAGAUCUGGAAGCUAGCAUGUUUGUGGUGGUUUACCAGUAGAACUAUGUGAUGAGUAUGCUCAAAUGUUUUGACAAUGUAUCAUUUAUGAUUGCAUAAAAGGAGCUAUUCAUAAGCGCAUCUAAUUCCAAUUUUUUUUCUUUUUGUUUGUUUUAUGAAGUGAGGCUGUAUUUAAUCGCUGCUUCAGCGAGUGAAUAAACAUUAAGGGCAAAGCUAGACAUCUGUUAAAACCUUGUGAGAGUGAAUUUGAAUAGGGACUUGUGUAGCUGUACCUAUAUAUUGGCAGUGAUUGUAUAUGAAAAUAUUGGAAUGAGUGUGACUGUCUCGCUUGUGCUAAACUACCAAAAGCUGCUGAACCGACAUGUUCCUGCUGUUUAGGGCAGGCUGUUAACUUUAAUUUGGGUAUCCACUCCAUCUGUGUUUUGUUUUAGUAGAAAAUUUCUAUCGCUAUAAUGUCCCCCUUGCAUGAAGUCAUGGAGAUUGAAUUGGAACCAUCUAAAUUAAAGCUGCAAAAGGCAGAGUGCCCCAUUUUAUGAGUCUUCUGGCCUCUGGGUUCGAGGGUUUCCAAGAUCCCAAAGUAUAUGGUUAGAUUAGGACCAGUUUGGUUAUUGGCCUUUAGUGGAGGGAAGGCAAAAUUGGAUAAGGUUGUGGUGCAAUUAUGGAUUUUUGGUGGGAGAGUGAUUAACUAUCUAACUGAGGAAGUCUUUGGGGAAAGUGAAGGGACAAGAUCCAACAGGCAUUUAUAAUUUAUUGUAAUUUAGUUGCCACCUUAACCUUCAGAGCAGCUACAAAGUUGUAAUUGUUAUGUUGACCAGAAGUGUGGUAGACCUCAUUGUGGGUACCUGGUGGUGUACACAUCAAAUUCCUACUUACAAAAAGGAACUAGAACCCUCUCGGCUGCAGGUUAUCAAGUUGUUUUCCUCAUUUUCUCCUUCCAGAUCGAGACGUUCCAUGCAUAGAACUCCUUUCAUGAUCUCUGUACUAAAACUAAAACAAGUGAAGCAGAUUUACACUGUAUGCACAAUUGAAAAUACUUGUAACCUGCAAAUGACUGGAUGCAUGUUUCUUGUUUGAGGGAUAAAUAUUGGCCAAGACACGAAAAGCAUUCGGCAAUUAAACUAGUGCUAGGAGACGUUAUUUUUUUAAACAUGCAUCUCUGGCCAAACUGGGUAUAGUGUGUGCAUUGACACCUGACCAAGCAGGUGGAGCGAGUUAAGUUUGGGAUUAUGUUAGGCAUGAACUAAUUGGACCAAAUGGUCUGUUUCCCUCCUCUGAUUCUAUAUCAUCAAUAUGAUGUGUUAGUCAAAAGUUUUCUGCUUUAGAAUGGAGUUGUAAUCAAGUGAGAUUGUUGUUACGCCUGGAACUGUGUUGGCUGCUUGGGAAUAAAUUCUGUAAGGAUUAAGAUGUGUUUGGUGAUACUGAGCCAUUAAGAGCCUGAUUGUUUGUUUUUUUUCAUCACCUUCACGUUAUUAGUUAAUCCACUUCGCUCCCUGUCAUCUUUAUAAACAAUAAAUGGGUUGGCUCAGUGGUUAGUACUGCUGUCUCACAACGCCAGGGACCUAGGUUCAAUUCCAUCCUCGGGCAACCAUCUAUGUGGAGUUUGCACGUCAUCCCUGCAUCUGUAUGGGUUUCCUCCAGGUCCUUCGGUUUCCUCCCACCAUCCAAAGAUGUGCCGGUUUGGUGGUUUGGCCAUGUUAUAUUGCCUACAAUGUCCAGUGAUGUGCAGGCUAGGUGGGUUAACUAUGGGAAAUGUGCGUUAUACGGAUCGGGCAGAAUUGGGUCUGUGUAGGAUUGUCUGGAGGGGCAAGGUGGACUUGGUGGGCUGUGUGGCUUGCUUCCACACUGUAGAGAUCCUGUGAAAUGAAAUCUUGUUUGCACGUCCAUUUUGAUGACUGUGCUCAUGGUAAUAUAUAAAUAUCUUAAUCUGAUUGCCUGUAACUUUUAUUUUGUAAUGGAUGAGCAGUUAUAACACUGAAUAUUUCAGAAGUUACUGACAGUAGGGUUGCAGUUUCUGAGAAACACCUGAACAUAGAUGUCUGAAAGUUUCUAGGUGGAAAGUACUAAUUGAUCUGCAACGUAACUUUAAGCAUGUCAUAUGUUACCCUUUAUCUGAUUUCACGUGAGACUUGUAUACAUACAAGUAGUGGAAAUAAUUUUGAAUUAAUUGUGCCAGUCCUGAGAUGAAAGUAAAAAGUCUUGCAUUCACUAAUAGAACUAUGUGCAAAUCAACACCAUAAUGCUGUUGCUGUAAAUGACUAGGAUUUGAUCUGUGGCCACUUCCUGUGAUGUGGAAAGAAUUGUAGCCAGUGGUUUUUGUUGAUAAUUUGCAACUUGUGUGUUAACUGAGUGUGUGUAAGAAGUGUAGAUGUAUAAAUCACAAUAUGAAUCACCUGGCUGAAAUUUGAAGAAUAUUCUAAUGAAAGUGAGGUUGAUCAGUUCCAUUCACCUAGGUUAUCUAGCAUAGGAAACCAUUUGCAUUCUGUCCAACAUUUUCCAGUGAUCGCUGCCAGUAUAUAGGCAAAGCUGCAUGUAUUAUUUAUUUGUUUUGCAGUUUUGACCCAUUUCCAACUUUGCCACUAGUGUUUGUUUUAUUAACUAGCAAAACAUUGUUUGUUGCUGGUUCAAAAACCACCAAGAAUAACUGGAUAUUUAACUUUGGCAUUUGCUGUAAGUGUACAAGUAAUGGGCAGCCCAAUAUUAAAAGAUCCUGACUAGUACCAUAACAAGAACAAGUGAAGAUCCAUGACUGUUCAUUGGUUUGUUUUUGUGAUGUCCAAUUCUUUGGGUAGUUGGGGCAAGGGGUACAUCAUUUUUUUCCCACACCCCCCAUCCCCACAACCUUUUUGUUAAUGGGGUGGGAUCGCCCAGGAGCCAGCCUGCAUACUUUGCAGUGUAUACAGUUAGUGGUAACCACAUGCUAUCAUUGUGAAAAUAGCAUGUCUCUAUGAGCAUGUGGUGUAAAGUAAUUGGUAUUAAUGUAAUUUUGGUGCAGAAAAGCAGUGGCGAGGAAGAACUGUUAACUUCCAAACUAUUGGUGAUCUAUUGUGCAGGUCAGCUUUGAUGUAGUGGCAUACCAGGGUGAUGUAGUAAAAGUUGUUUCAAAAGAUUUUGCUCCACAUGCCAAAGUGUUAUGGACAAGGGAAUAUGACUGUAUUGUGACAGUGUUUAGUUACACUUGGACUUCUGAAACUUUAGUUUUGGCAGUAGAAACAUUCCAGCACACUCUGGGAUUUGAGGACGGAGGUUAUUCUUGUGAAAGUUCACUGAACCGUGUGCUGACUGGUACAAUGAGAGCAGAUAUCCUGUGAAUUGCCCCAAGUAAUUCCAUUUGAGAACAGAUGCUGUUCUGGCUCUCCAAAUGCAUUUGUUUUUUUUCUAAUAUUUUAACACUUUUGACCUUGUUGAGAACGGUUGAGCUGUUUCCUUUAGCACCUCCCAGCUACCCCAACUACCAAAGCUUCAAAGUUAGUCCUGUAUAUUUCACUCUGGUAAAGAAUGUUGCCCUUAACAUAUUAGUUUUAAGUUCUGUUGGUUUUAACAGAAAUGUAUCAGAUAAUUGUUUGCAUUCCUGUUAAAACUAAAGAGUUAUUGGUUGAACAGCCAUUCUUUGGAUGUUUUUUAAAAAAAUUUAUUUUAUAUUGCAUUUGGCUUUAAUAGUUUUCUGAAGCUGUUUCUCUGUAUUUUUAUUUUUGUUAACUUUGUUUUAACAUCAGUAUAUUUUCAGCGCUUCCCAGAGGUGACUUAAAACAAUGAUUUGGCAGUUAGCUGUCAAGCACUAACGCAAUUGAAUACUUAAUGGCACCAUUUUUACCAGGUGUUGACUGUGGUGUAGCCUUGCUGUUUCUGAAUUGAGCAAGAAGUGUAAAUAUAAUUCGAUGCAAACAUGUCAACUGUAUUUGGAUUUAAAUUAUUUUAACAAAAUUAAAUUUUAUUUAAUGAAACCUAACUUGUUUUUGUGCCUUCAUAAUAAGCAAUUCUUUAAGAAUUUCAGGCUGGGGAUUGGAGCAUUGCAGGCCAUGAUAGCACUGAAAAACAGCAAAGCAUUUUUAUUUUAUUGUUCAUCACUAGAUGUGGGCACCAAGGACAGUAUUUAUUUCCUGUCCCUUGGUGCUCUUGAAUGUGCUGAUGCGCUGCCACUUUGAAUUUGUGCACUUUGUGUUGUUGGUGCACCCACUGUGCUCUAGACACUGAGUUGCAAAUUUUGACACAGCAGCAGUGAAGGAAUGACACUUGUAAGUGUAUCCUUCGAUGGGUAAGGAGACAAAAAGUGCACACAAUACCUCAGGUUCAAUCUCUCCAUUUCUACACAGUUGAAACAAGACUUCUUUGCUCCAGUACUCACCAUCUUGUUGUCUCUGCCUUUGGAAUUGCUUGUUGUACUUGCACGCUAGCUUUAAGUGAUAAGAACAAGGACACCUAGACCCUUUUGGAUGUAUAUACAAUCUCUCACCAAUAUAUUAAUGUUCUGCUUUGGUAGAAGGAACAAAAGUGCAGAUAGCCUCAUGCUUAGCUGUAUUAUAUUCCCUCUGCCAUGUUCUUGCCCAUUCCCUCAAUCUGCAUAAAUUGAGAAACCUCUUUACAUCCUCCUUGCAGCUCUUGUUCUUUUUAAUGUCGGUCAGGAAUGCAAUUUAAGCAACUUGGUUCCCAAAUCAGAGCAUGUUCUGUUGCCAGAAUAUUUUUUGACAUCUAUUUUGUUAAUCUUUGCUGACAGUGCCUGAAAUUUCGCAGCAAUAUGCUUUUGAAUGGAGUUUAAGCAAAGCUAUGGACCAUUUCAUGUUUAAUCACUCAAAUUGUUCCCAGGUCAUCUCAUACAACCGAGUUGUGUAGAAAUUUUGAGGUGCAAGCUGCAAAUUAUUGCUGAAAUGCUUUGAGGAAUGUUGUUUGCAAAUUAUAAUACACUUUGAGACAUCAGGUGUGAAUCUGUAAUUAUGAACAUUUUGUUUUAUGGAAAAGUGGGCACCAGUAAGGGGACUCGGCUAGAAAUCUGCACUUGUUUUCUCAUCAUCAGCGCACCAUACGUGCCUGUUUCCAAAUAACGAUGUUCUGAAUCUUGCUUAGUUGAGGAACAAGUGAAAUUAGCUUCCUUUGAAAUGAGAACAUUGCAGUGGAAGAGAGGUAUUCCAGGAUUUGGGGGUGUUGGGAGGAGUGCAGUAGUGGAGAGAAGUGAUGAAGAGAUGCAAGAAACCAAGUAAUCCUGUCAGGUUAACUUUCAAUGCGCACACCAGAAAAUCUGCAGGCACAAAAAGACUGUCAAAAAUAUUUAGAACACAAAUGGAAGUAGGACAUUUGAUUCCCUCCCAUCUAAAGUCAACCAUCCGGAAGAUCAUGGCUGAUCAGUUGUGUCCUCUACUCCACUUUCUUGCGUGCCCCUGCCCCCGCCGCUGCCUUUUUAUAGAUCAGUGCUUGCCUAACUCUGCCGUGAAUGUUCAAUUACCUAGCCUCCGCUCUAUUCUCUGGGAGGGAAUUUCCAAAAAUUAAUGAGCCCCAGAAAACUCCACAAUCUCCCUCUUAAAGGGCUUCUCUGCUUUACUUGGAUAAUAUUAAAUGACAUGAAAUGCAGAAAUCUGCUUAAAAUGCUCUUGAAACAGGUUCAAACUUAGAUAGUUUGCUGUUAAAUAAUCUGAAAUGUUAGAUGUUAGGGAUGCUUGAAAGAACUUGUAUGACUCCAGUUCACACUGUCACAAUUUUUAGGAUCUGAUCUGACAGCUUAUUUGUUCUAUUCUUGACAUUAAGUUGAUGUAUAUAAUUUCUGUUAGUUAUGAAUUCAGGCAUUCGCCUUUCAGAUAUUUCAGUAGAUUUUAAAUUUGCUGCAACCAUAAGUUACAGUAUCUUCCCUGUAUUCAUGGAAAUUCAAAUCCUGGAUUAACCUAAAUUUUCAAAGUGUUUUAAGACACUUCCUAAAUAUGGUAAAACUUCAUUAAAGUUGAUAUUGACGUUGACUUUUUACUUAUUUUUAAUCAAGCUAUUUCAGCAUGUUAUGAUACAACUCUGGGUCAUGUGGGACUUGAAUCCGGAAUAAAUGUUUUUGUGAAGAGCAUGAGCCUUGCUUUUGGAUCAACUUAGUGUGAGCUAAAUUAGGAUUUUAGGCUUGAGAGAAUUAUCUAGAAUACUUUUUAAAUUGCAAUUUCAAGUAGAAUUUAACAAUAUACAAUUUAUUAAUAUUUUGUCUGUGGAUGAGAGAUCAGUUUUCCUGCUGUCUUCUAAAAACCUGAUACUUUCAAUUGAAUCAUAGCAAAUAUUUCCCAUUCUCCCAUAAAGCUAUCCCAUCUCUUGCAUGCUUCAGCCUUCCUUACAACAGAGGGGUGGUGGUGAGGGGAUAUGGGGACUGCAUAGAAUUUUAUAGAAUUCAAACAUGAGUAGAUAGAGUAAAUGCAGGAAGGAUGUUCCCAACGGCAGGGGAGUCCAGAACCAGGGAUCAGCAUCUCAGGAUACAGGGCAAACCAUUUAGGACUGAGUUGAGAAAUUUUUCCAUGUAGACUGUGGAAUUUGCUACCUUCAAAAGCAGUCAUGGCCAAAACGUUGUAGGAUUUAAAGGAGGAGUGAAUUUAGCACUUGGGGCUAAAAGGGUCAAAGGAUCUUACUGGGGUGGGGAAGGAGGGACAGGGUAUUGAAUUGGCCAUAAUCGAAAUGAAUGAUGGAGUAGGCUUGAUGGGCCGAAUGGCCUACUCCUACUCCCAUUUCCUAUGUUUACUCCAACUUGGAUCGACUCCUAAAUAUGCUGUCACUCGCUCCCUUUAAAGAUGAACCUUAAAAGCUAUCUUUUUGACCAAGCAUUUGGCUCUUCUCCCCAAUCACACGAAAUAUCUUGGGAUGCUCUAUAAUUAACCGUACUAUUCAAACCCAGAUUGUUGCUGAUGCCAGCAGUCUUCAGCAUUAUUUUGUUGCUAAUGUUAAAUGGUCUUUUUGUUACUUAUGCCAGCCAACAAUCACCCUUUCCACCUUCAAAGAAAAUUCUAAUUUCCUCCUUUAGUAUGGUACCUUCAAAAAUUUAUUAAAACUGUCCACUCUACCGUAACAUUGCUAUUAUUUCUUGCAUCUGUUUCACGAUGAUCGUUGACAUUUUAAACAGGCAGCCACUGAAUUGGAAACUUCCAGUUAACUUUCAGAUUAAUUGAAGCAAGCUGCAAAUACCUGUUUUAAUGAGUUAAAUCACGAACUAUUUUGGUACAAUGUGAUACAGAUCUGUGACAUGCAUUUUAUAAACCUCACCCAUCUUGAAACUUUAAGAAUAGGAAUGGGCUGUACAGCAUUCAGUCCAUCUUGCUGCCUGUUAUGUAGAACUCUUCUUUUACUUACACAGACCUUGCCCAUAAAAAAAAUUUCAGUUUCUGGCAUAAGAACCAGAGGACUCUGAUAUACCUGUACUAGUUAGGUCCUAGCUGAAGGAUUAUAUCCAGUUUUGAGCAAUACUUUAAGAAGGAUAUCCAUGUUUUGAAGGGGGUCCUGAGGUGGUUUACCAGACAGAUUGGAGGGAAUUCAGUUCUGUGGAAAGACUGGAGAAGCCAUAGUGCUGUUGGAAUAGGGAUUAAGCAUGAUUUAAUAAAGAUGGUCAAAAUUGAGGGACUUUGAUAGAGUAAAUGGGGAGAAACUUUCUGUUAGCAGGAAGGUGAGUAAUGAGAAAAUAGAAUAGGUUUGUAUUUACAUUCCACCCCUAACAAAAUAUGCCAAGAUGCUUCUCAAGGACAUAAAUUAAAACUUGAUGCUAUGAGAGUCGAGGAGAGGUAACCAAAAGCUUGGUCAUUGAGGUUUUGAGGAGCAGUUUAGAGAGAGUGUCAUGAGUUUUAGGGAGGGAUUCCAGGUCCGACGCAUCAUAAAGCAUGCCCAUCAGCAGUGGGUGGAGGAGAUUGCAGAAAUUACAGUGGAGAAAGGCUAUGGUGGAAUUUGAAAACGGGAUGAAAAUUUUUAAAAUCAUAACAUAGCUGGCCUAUGAGCCAGUGUAAGACUGGGAGCACAGGGGGCAAGGGGUCAACGGACUUGCCCUGAGUUAAGGGAAGUAGAGUUUUGAAUGACUUUGGUUAACUUAAAGGCUCUGCCAAAAAUAUAUCAGACACAUUAAUUUCAAAUAUGGCAGUGAAAGCCCUACAUUAAAUGGAUUAAUAUGUUGAUGUAUAAUUUUGCCACCUAAUUGAAUGUAGGCUGAGUUAGAUUGGAUUGAAUUAUAAUUCUGUAAACUCAAAUUAAUUUAUCGGUUGAACAAAUUGUAAAUCCUUUUUUGAAAUUUUUGUGUUGUAUGGCUGCUUAAUUUUAAAGGAGUGGAUGUGAACUUCUGUGUCCUUGUAUUGCCUGCUUCAAAUUUGUUUAUUAAACUCUUGAUUUCAAAUAUCA